AUGAAGCAUCUUGCUCUCAUGGAUUGGAUGCUUGGACCUUUGAAUUGUGGACGACAAGGUCAAGGUCUCCUUCCCAUCGCAACCUCACGGGACGACAAUAUGGCGGCAUCACCACCGAAGACGCCGACGAUGGGAGACAAGGUGGUGAUAUUCCCGCUGGAGGAGCCGGGCCAGAUCUCUGUGGUUGCGGUGUCUAUCGUCUUCAUCAUCAUUCCGACGUUGAUGGUGAUCCUCCGCCUCAUCGCUAGGCGCAUGGCGCAUAGAGAUAUGGAUUUGAGUGAUUGGUCUAUAAUUGCUGGACUCGUCUUCUCCAAUGCCUUGCAAGCAAUUUCCAUAGUCGCUGUGAUGCAAUGCGGUGUUGGCCUUCACAAUGCCGUCAUCAUACCCAAGUAUGGGGUCGGGCCAAUCGUCAAGUUUCUCAAGGUCCUCGUCGCGCAACAAAUCCUGUGGGCCAUCAGCCUCAGCCUCUGCAAGAUCUCCAUUCUUCUCCUCUACUCCAAGCUCUUCAGCACCAGGUUCAUGAUCCUGUCGGCGCGGAUACUGGCCGCCUUCACCAUGAUGUGGGUCAUGGUCACGGUGCUGAUCGCCUUCUUCAUCUGCAUCCCCCUCUCGGACAACUGGCUCCUCGAUCUCAAGAACCGACACUGCGGGAACCAGCCUGCAGCGGAUGGCACGAUGGGGGUGUUGAACAUGAUCACCGACAUCAUCGUCCUCGUCAUGCCGAUUUCUCACUUGUGGAGUCUUCGGCUGGAGAUGUACAAGAAGGUCGCCCUGAUCGUCACCUUCUCGCUCGGAGUCUUUACGUGCAUCGUAUCGGCUCUGCGCCUCUACUACCUUGCCAACCUCGUGUACCUCGACGUAACCUUCAAUAUCCCCAACGCUCUCAUCUUCAGCGCGUUGGAGCCCGGCGUCGGCAUCACUCUCGCGUGUAUCCCCUUCCUCCGACCUCUGCUGGGCCGUUCCUCGUACUCAACCAAAGGUACGGCAAACUACUACAGCUCGAAUGGCAAGUCCGAUGGUCUCUCAAAUCGGCGGAGCGAACGCCAAAGUGACGGAUUCGUCCUCGUGGACAAUUUGUCGCAGCAGCACCUUCGGGAGGCCGAGCAGAGUGAUUCAGCACCGACUAUGCCCAGCAAGGUCACGUAUAGCAGAAGCAGUAGUGUUCCAGAUAUAGAUUAG